GUUUUAAACCUUAAAGUUUAGGCAACCUGACUAAAAGUCUUAAAUUUUCUGAUGCAAAGGCUCUGCGUUGCUGUUCGUAAGUUACGAAACCGGGGCCUAAAGCAACGCCCGGGCAAUUACUGUGCCCUGGAAGACAGGGGCCUGAGGGAGAAAACCCAAUUAUACCGUCUUGUAACUAAUAAAACUUACUUCUGAGACAUGUAUAAUGAUUGAUCCAGAGGCUUAGUCAUCGUUCUGUUUAAGCUGCCUGUUGCGGCCCUCUUAGAAGUGGGUAAGUUGGAUUUGUUUACCUGAGAAGAUGAGCAAACAGAAACCAGGACAAAUCUGCUCAACAGAAAUGAAGUUCACUUUCCGAGAAAAUGGAAGGCUGCUAGGGAAGUACCUGGACGUGCUCUUAAGCGGCAGGAGUGGACUGAGGAUACUUUUUCCACUUUGUGGUAAAGCAGUAGACAUGAAAAGGCUGGCCGACUUGGGACACAGCAUCGUCGGCGUGGACAUCAGCGAGCAAGCGCUGAAGGAGUUUUUUGCAGAUCAGAGUCUGUCUUAUUGCGAGGAGCCAGUCCCAGGGAUUGCAGGAGCAAAAAAGUUGCAGAGUACCUCUGGAAACAUCUGUCUGUACUGCUGCAGCAUUUAUGAUUUGUCAAGUGCGAUUGUUGGCAAGUUUGAUGGGGUUUGGGACAGAGGAGCUCUAGUGGCUGUGAAUCCAUGCGACAGACAACGCUAUGCCAGUUUGAUGAUCUCCCUAAUGGAGAAAAAUUCUUCUUAUCUACUCGUGACUGUUUUAUACGAUCCAAACAAACACAAAGGCCCACCGUUCUAUGUUCCUGAAUCUGAAGUUAAAAGCUUGUUUGGCAACCACUGUGAAAUUAAGCUUCUCGAAAAAGUCAGUGACUUCUCAGAUAGACACAGGCAAUGGGGACUAGACUAUUUUCUGGAGGUUCUGUAUAUACUAAAGUUUGUAGCUUGAUUAAAAUCCAUUAAAACAUCUUACCUCC